AUGGCAAGACUCACUGAUGAUACCGACUACGAUGCCGGCGAAACGUCUGAGAAUCCACUUGCUGCCCAGUUCAGUUUGUGCUCGUCGGCUCCAGGUCGGGUCUACCGGCAGGAGGAGGCUGGUGUGGGCGACCCAGUCGGCCCGGCCGAGGCCGGCUUGUCGCCACCAGACAGGGGAGGCUGGUCGAGGUGUUUUAACUAUCCAACCCCCGCUGUCGCUCUGCCGCAGGUCGUCUUUAUGCAACCUUUGGCCCAUGUUCGGCUGUGCAUACCGGGCCACGAGGAGGGGAGACAUGGGGAGAGUAUGCUCAAGGCGGGCGUGAAGGUCGAGGCAUCAGACAUGCUGGUUCGUGUCACAGAUUCCGGCGCCAGGCAUAGAAACAGAGGUGAAAAUUAG